AUGUCGAUUUUCGAGUAUAAUGGCAGUGCCCUAGUUGCCAUGGUGGGCAAGAACUGCUUCGCCAUAGCUAGCGAUCGCCGAUUGGGUGUUCAGCUCCAGACCAUCGCCACCGAUUUCCAGCGGAUCCACAAAAUCCACGACCGUCUCUUCAUCGGUCUAUCUGGCCUGGCCACCGACGCCCAGACUUUGUAUCAGAGGCUUAUGUUUCGACAUAAGCUGUACCAGCUGAGAGAAGAGAGGGACAUGAAGCCUGAGACUUUCGCCAGCCUGGUCUCCGCUCUGCUCUAUGAGAAAAGGUUUGGUCCAUAUUUCUGCCAACCUGUAAUUGCUGGAUUGAGUGAUGAUGACAAGCCAUUCAUUUGCACGACGGAUUCUAUUGGUGCCAAGGAACUGGCAAAAGAUUUUGUUGUUGCAGGAACAGCUGGCGACUCACUUUAUGGUGCAUGUGAGGCAAUGUUCAAGCCUGACAUGGAACCCGAGGAGCUAUUUGAGACUCUGUCUCAAGCACUUUUGGCUUCGGUAGAUCGUGAUUGUCUUAGUGGAUGGGGUGGACACAUCUAUAUUGUCACUCCAACUGAAGUAAAAGAAUGCACGUUGAAGGGAAGGAUGGAUUGA